AUGGAUGACAAGUAUGCCAAGUAUGAGAAAUACUAUGGCAAGUACGACAAGUGGGAUGACAAGCAGAUCAGAUUCGACGAAAAUAACCUGCCAAACAAAUGCACCCAAAUGCAGGUUCGCUACAGCUGCGGCCAUACCCUUGGCGGCGAGUUCAUCAAGUGUGCCCGCCACAUCGACCGUGAGGAUGAGCGCUGCUCCAACCGGUCCAUCCUCUACGUUGAGGCCAAGCAGUCGAGCCACAAGUGCCGCACCUGCCUGCGAUCUGGAUGA